AUGAGCGACGCUCAGCAGGCAAAUGCUCGACAAAUUGAGCGUCCUCCAAGUGAAACCGAAUUUAGUGAGAGCUCCCAAGAACUGAGAGACGUCAACAAUAAAGAAAAGCGCGAAUAUGAAGCUGAUCGAGUUAGAAUUUUUAUGUUUUGCUACAUUUGCCACAAGAGCAUGGAGAAUUUUUAUACGCUUUCUGAUGACAUGAAGAGAUGUUGCCCUCAUAUCGACUGGGAAAGUUAUGGAAUGAAAAGGACAAUUGUCGAAGAAGAAGAACCCGAAGACCCAGAAGCAAAUGACAUUUUCAUAAUCGAAACUGAAACUGAUACAGUAACUACAGUCACUCGUAAAACCUACCCCACUCCCGAGCCCAUCUUUGAUCCCCUACUCAAUCCCCCCGUCGUCGCUUCGAAUCCCUUUCUUGACAAAAUGCUAGAAGAAAUGGACGAAUAUUAA